CGCAGGGCGAUCAGCUUUCAUCUCCUCUGUUGAACCCAGUCCUGCCUGUUCAUCUCCUCACCGGGCUCAGUUAAAAUGGCGCAGCAGUUUGUUCAGACCAAAAUCAAAGGAGACAAAGUGGUGCUGUUCAUCAAGCCCACGUGUCCCUACUGCACCAUGGCUAAAGACGUUUUGUCCAAAUACAAAUUCAAGCCGGGACAUUUGGAGUACAUUGACAUCAGUGGACGCAGCGACAUGAAGAGCAUGCAAGACUAUUUCCUGGAGCUAACGGGAGAGCGCACGGUCCCACGGGUGUUCAUCGGGAAGGAGUGUGUUGGAGGUGGCAGCGAUGUGGAGGAGCUACAUGAGAGUGGUAAACUGGAGGGCAUGCUGCAGUCUAUUGGAGCCUUGCAGUGACCAAAUCCAGACCCCAAGGAUUUUGGCAUCCAGGUUGGGGUCACAUGACUAUGCAGCGGGACUUGCGUAGCUUGCGGCGCCGCUGCUGGUACUCACUGAGCUCCUGCAGGUAGCCUCUGGAUGGCCAGCGUAGCCUCUCCACCUGCUCACGCUCCUCCUCUGAAAUACACACACGCACAUAAUCAGUUAUAUCUGUAUCACAACCAUAAUCUAUUGUAAACACAACUGUGGGGAUGUGUCGCUGAUAAAACCAUUGCAGAAAGAUUUACCGUACCUGGCACACAGACACAUUCAGUAGUAUCUCUUUGGAUUGUUGCCAUAAACGCGGCCAGCAUGGCUGAAAUAUAUCUGAUAAGGUUUUGUUCGCACCGACAAGCAGGAUCAACGGCGAUUGAUCACGUGCUGUCUUCUUCUUCUGGCCUUUAACAACACUUGCCCUUCAGUAACCGUCCAGUGACCUUAAAUCAUUUUUAUGUGCUUGGCUAAUGAUGACAAUAAACUUCAUACUGCUACUAACCAGA